AAUCGUAAACAAGAAAGAUGGCUGCCAAAAUUGAUGGAAAUCUAAGUCAGGUGAAAAUUGGACAUUAUGUUUUAGGCGAUACAUUGGGAGUUGGGACGUUUGGAAAAGUCAAAAUUGGCAAACAUGAGUUAACUGGUCACAAGGUUGCUGUGAAGAUCCUUAACAGACAGAAAAUUAAGACUCUAGAUGUCGUCGGCAAAAUCCGCAGAGAAAUUCAGAAUUUGAAACUCUUUAGGCAUCCACAUAUUAUAAAAUUGUACCAGGUGAUAAGCACUCCUACAGAUAUCUUCAUGGUGAUGGAAUAUGUGUCUGGUGGGGAAUUGUUUGACUACAUUGUAAAGAAUGGAAAGCUGAAAGAACAUGAAGCCCGUAAAUUUUUCCAGCAGAUCAUAUCUGGACUAGACUACUGCCACAGACACAUGGUGGUACAUAGGGACUUGAAACCAGAGAACCUGCUACUAGAUAAAAGCAUGCACAUCAAGAUUGCAGAUUUUGGGUUGUCUAACAUGAUGACAGAUGGGGAGUUCUUACGUACAAGUUGUGGGUCACCUAACUAUGCAGCUCCAGAGGUCAUCUCAGGAAAGCUGUAUGCUGGUCCAGAGGUAGAUAUCUGGAGUGCUGGUGUCAUACUAUAUGCCCUUCUUUGUGGUACACUGCCAUUUGAUGACGAGCAUGUGCCAACUUUAUUCAGGAAAAUUAAAUCUGGUAUAUUUGCAAUUCCUGACCACCUUAACAAAUCAGUUGUCAGUCUGAUCACCCACAUGCUACAGGUGGACCCCAUGAAGAGGGCAACCAUCAAAGACCUCAGGGAGCAUGAAUGGUUCCAGCAUGAACUACCUGAGUACCUAUUCCCCCCUCCCACGGAUCAAGAUGCUUCUAUUAUAGACCAGGAGGCAGUCUAUGAAGUCUGUGCAAAAUGUAAGGUGACAGAGGAUGAUGUCCAUAGAGCUCUACUUAGUGGUGAUCCACAUGACCAACUCUCUGUUGCCUAUAAUCUAAUUGUGGACAACAAGAGAAUAGCAGAUGAAGCUGCCAAGAUGGAAAUACAGGAGUUCUACCUAGCCUCAAGUCCCCCUUGUGAAUCUUUCAUGUCGAAACAUGCUGCAGCUAUGGAUAAUAGGCAAUCAACUUCUGGCACAAGUCCAAUGAGGCACCCAGAGAGAAUGAAUGAGCCUAAGGAUCUUACUGCGACUCUUGACCCUCUUGCUAGUGAAAAGAAACGAGCAGUUCCUAUCAAGAAAGCAAAAUGGCAUUUAGGUAUUAGAUCACAAAGCAGACCUCAAGACAUAAUGCAUGAAGUAUUCAGAGCCAUGAAACAACUAGACUAUGAAUGGAAAGUAGUGAACCCUUUCCAUAUCAGAGUGAGGCGAGCGAAUCCUGUCACAGGAAAACAUGUGAAAAUGAGCUUGCAGUUGUAUCAAGUUGACCAGAAGAGCUACCUUUUGGAUUUCAAGAGUCUCAAUCCAUCAAGCCCAGAGGACAUUGUCAAGACUCCUAGUGAUGAGCAGCUAAUGGACACAGAACCAGAUGUUGAUUCAAACUCAAACUCUGAUACUGCAUUAAAUGCAGCAGGCACACCAUCUGGCCCUGGGCCACACCAGACACUUGAAUUCUUUGAAAUGUGUGCCAGUUUAAUCACAACAUUAGCUCGCUAAUUGUCAAUAAAGCAAUAGCUUGCUAAUUGUCAAUAAAGCAAUAGCUCACUAAUUGACAAAUUUUACAUGUACAUUUGUUGUGAACGAAUUGCUAAACUCCAACUCUUUAUAAGAGUCAGUAAACUAAUUGCCAAAUAUUUUCAGAUAUAUCAGUUUAGUAUACAUAUGUAUUCAGUAGGCUUAUAUGUAAAAAACCUUGACAAUAAAAACUGUGAAUGCUAUAGCUGUAAAACCCCAAAUUUUUCAUUGCCCAAAUUUUUCUAUUUUUGUUUAAUUUCAGUAAAAUGAUAAAGCUUUGUGUUUGUGUAUGCUCUUUGCUAAUUUGGCAAUAUUUUUAUUUUAUUUAUGAUUUCAACAUUUAUUAAUUCAUCAAAGAUGCCUUCAUUUUAGUCUGGCCUAUUCAGAUAAAAUAUUGAAUAUUUGGGCACAUUGCAAAUGGGUUGUUACAUCAUGUGGAUAUAGUGCAACAUCACUGGUGAUCCACUCGAUU